CAGGCUCUGACAGAAUGCAAUGGAGAGCUAGUGAGUGGGAGAGUCUGAGAAAGUUGUGCAACUUUUCUUAGGUCGCAUUAAGAAGACAUUCGGGACACGUACAAGAAUGAAAGCUGAUGUUUCAUCCUAAUCAACUGGACCACUCGGACCUGACUCCAGAAUAAGUGAUGGACCCUUUGAUGAUACUUCAAGUAGUGCUUCUCUCCAUAGCAGUGAGCUUCGGUCAAUUACAAAGUCAAGAUAACCGUGUGGAUCCUCCUACAUUCUUUAAUGUUUCCAAGAACCUAGAUCUUCAGCAGCUGUUACUGGAAUGGGAUGUCAGUGAUGAAACAUAUAACUCUGUAAGACAAAUGGUAUUUAACAUUCAAAUCAAUCAAACCGGAGCAAGUAAUUUUACCUGGAAUGAAAAUUACACAACAACUCUCAACAAAUCAAAUCGGCCUAUAAAAUGGAAGUGGGUUUCCAGAGACCGUAUGGAGUGUAUGUCAUAUGCAGUAAGAAUCCGGGGUUUGAUGACAGGGGGACGAGAAUCCUGGAGCAACUGGACUGAGUUGAAGGAAGUGAAAGGCAUGGACACAGAAGAUUCUAAGUCUGUCAUGUUCCCAGUAGACAAGGUUGUGAAGGAAGGGUCAAACGUCUCCUUUUGCUGCAUUGGGGAAAAGGAUGAAAUAAUAACAUCUUUAUGCUUCCGCGACGUUUGCUAUCCAGCAAGUACAAGCCAGAGAAGAAUGGUGUUUACUGUAGAAAAUGUUCCCCUUUCCAAACCAGGUGGAUCUGUAGUGAGAUGUGCUGGCUCUUAUCUUCUCACAACACUCUUUGUGACCCGCCCGCCUGGUGAACCCCAAAAUCUGUCUUGUGAAACAGAAGACAUGGUAACAUUAAACUGUUCUUGGCAACCUGGAUCAAAGGAUAACCUUGUGGCCAGCCGUUCGAUAAAAUUUAUCCUGUCUGAUAGGUCUAGUGGGAAAAUAUAUUGCCCUCAAGAGUCCUCAAAGAGCUGCUCCUUCAAAAUCGGCACUAAAACCGCAUAUGACUUAAGACUGACCGCCAGAAAUAAUCUGGGGGAGAAACAGACUAGCCUUAGUUUUGAUGUAGCUCAUCGAGUUCAUCCUGCACGCCCUUACGACCUCUUGGUUUCUGGGCAAAAUGCUACUGCCGUCAAGCUACAGUGGAAAAUGAAACAUAAGCUUGAGCUGCUUUGCCAGGUUGAAAGUCAUCAUCCAGAUGGGAAAGUGGACGUGCACAACAUUUCAUCACAUAGCAUGAAGUCAUUCCAUAUUGUGAGUGGGUUGCAACCUUAUGCCAAGUACACUUUCCGAGUACGCUGUGGGGCCAAGCAGCACUUCUGGAAAUGGAGUGAAUGGAGUGAAUCAAAACGGACACAGACAGAAGAAUCCGCUCCAUCAGGUCAUCUUGAUGUCUGGAGAAGCAUCAGCCCAGGUUUCAACUCUUGUAAUGUAACUGUUUUCUGGAAGCCAUUUCCAGACUUUCGUGCUAAUGGGGAAAUUAAGAUAUAUAAGAUAUUCUGGGAAACAUUACAAGGAGAUUCUGGGUCUGAGGAGGUGCCUGCGUCAAACAAGUCCACAAUACUUUUUCUGGAAAAAUGUCCCUGUAACAUCAGUGUCUUGGCAAAGAAUUCUGUAAAUUCAUCCCCUCCUUCUGUGAUCGUGAUCUCAGCAGCUGCAGAUCAAACAUGGAACAUUCAUACAUCUAAAGAAGAUACAAUCAACAACACAGAGGCAGGCAUUUACAUCUCUUGGCAGCCUCAAAGUCAGUUUGAUGGCUACAUCAUCGACUGGUGCAACCACCCAAGAGUCCAGCCUUGUGAAUUUCAGUGGAAGAAAUGUGGACACAACCAAUCCAGUGCUCUCAUUACAUCAGAUGCUUUUAUUCCUGGAGUGCAAUACAGUUUCAGGGUGUAUGGAUCUCUUGGCAACAGAGCUUCUUUAGUGGAGAAGAAAGCCAAAUACCUUAAAGAGAUGGAGCCUGCUGGUAUCACUGAACUGCAUGUAGACACGGUGAAUUCCAGAUGGAUGAAACUCAGAUGGGAUUAUGAUCAUCUUAAUGUGGCCCACCCUGGUUUUAUCAGAGGCUACACUGUUUUUGUGAAGAAUAAAGAUGGAAAUUGCACAUUAAAAGGAUUUGAACAGUUUGCAUUUCCAGAUGGUUCGGUAGCAUGUAAGUAUACAGUUGAACAGCCAGCUGAAAAGACAUUGAUAGUGAAUUACACAAGGCCAAACACAGAGUACUGGAUUCAAGUUCUUGCUUUUAGCACCAGCCCCCCAAAUAUCACAUAUGACUUUAUCAAAGGAACUGCACCACAAAUUGAGAAAGUAAUCACACCAUCUGAUGGAAGCUGGGUUUUUCAACUCCUCCUGCUACUGAUGGUUAUUCCUGUAGUGCUGCUGAUUUGUAUAUGUUUCUGGAAAAGCGAGUGGGUCAGAAAUUGCUGUUGCCCAAAAGUCCCCCAUCCAUAUGUGACCCCAAUUAAGGUUUUUCAGAUGUACCGUAAAACCUUAUUGGCACCAAGUGACUUAUCUCCCAACAAUGUAAUAAUAGAGGAACGCAAGUCACAGCCAUGGAGUCAUGAAGAGAAACACCAUCACUACAACCAAGGCCUCCAUUCUGAGACCCCUGUUUUGGAAACUUUGGCCUUUGGAAACAUCAGCUACUUCACCAACAGCUCAGACCAUUACCAGAGUGUACUCAUCCAAGAGGCAGAAAAGCCGAAACCUGGACAGGCUAUAUCCUCUUACAAGCCGCUACAGCACUUUGACCUUACGGGGAAUCCUUCCAGUUUAAAUUAUGUUUCUCCAACGGACUUGUCUUUCCCUGCGAUUAAGCAAAGCCAGGCUGGAACAGACAAUCCCGUGAAACCAUCAGUUUACAAACCCCAGCAGGCUUUAGAAUCUGAAUCAAGCACCCCGGAUGCAUCCGAGGAACCUAUAAAUACACUUUGCCAAGCUAUAAACUGAUGGCCGACAUUCAUCCUUCCCAUUUGAAGCACGUGAAGCCAUACACAAAAAUGAUGAUGAUGAUGAAGAAGAGUUUGGAUUUAUAUUCCCCCUUUCUCUCCUGUAGGAGACUCAAAGAGACUUACAAUCUCCUUUCCCU